GGAGCUUAGUCGCUCGCCGAUGCUCGUGGAGUGAGGUGAUCCCUGUUGCUGGAGUUAUCGUGUCAGGAUUACGUACGCGCGAUUUUUUAUAUAUUUUUUUUUUUUUUGCCGAUUUAAAUAUUCAUGGUUUGCCAUUCUUUGGACACCUUCAGCACCCUCUCACAUAUGAAGAAUUGAGAAGAUAGUGGCUCACAACAUAUUUCAGGACGGAUAUUAAGAGGAGGGAGUAUUUAUGGAGACUUCCGUUUUAUGUUGCAGCGAUGCGGGUGGAGGUGAGGACAGCUUUCUGGCUACUAGGCCUUCGGGGGCGGGCCGAAGGAAGCUCUCGUCUCCAGCCACACUCCUCGGCCCUCGACCCAUCUCAAGACGAUUUUCCAACGUAGGCCUCACAGCUCGGAAAUUUUCCCAUUCUCUCGGCUGGGGAUCUUCGGCAGCCCAGGCAGAGAUAGUGUCCCAAGGCAGAGCACUCUGCAUUCAAUAUAUACGCUCAAGACUGAAAAGAAGCGGUGUGUUUACGAAGAAAUGCGGUUUGCAAAGACUCAGAAGCACGGCGUCACUUCCAGGCGGUUAUGUCGUCAGGCAAGUUCUUCCGGAUCUGAUUAGUAUAGGGACCGAACUGGAAAGACUCCAUCCUAAGGUAUAUACCAAUGUAGGCCGGCAGAUUUCAACUUUACCGGGAGGCGCUGCUGCAUCUGAAAAGGCCCUUGCAAGUGGACUGGCAGCGGUUGCUAAGGAAUUAUGCCAGGGUCCGAUAACAUGGGCCACCGUUGUUUCUCUGUAUGCAAUUGCUGGAGGACUUGCAGUUGACUGUGUUCGUGGAGGCCACCCUGAGUACAUGACUUCGCUAGUAGAAGCCAUGUCAGUUGCAGUCGAGGAAGAAUUGGCCAGCUGGAUUGCUGACAACGGUGGCUGGCCUGGACUAUGUUCAUAUUGCAAGCCACUAUCGCCAGAAGUCUCAUUAAGUGCAUUUUUAGCAUUGCUAGGAGCUCUUAUUGGAACAGCGUUUUUAAUUAUCCUCUUGUUAAGACUCUUUGGACGAUUUAAAGCAUAUAUUCAUUAAUAAAUUAAGUUAGAAAUUGAAUUUUCAUUUGGAAAAAGUGACUAUUCAGAUAACUCUGUUGGAUGAAUAAAUAAUUGUGAAAAAAUAUGAUGAUAAGUAAAAUAUAGUGAAAAGAAAUAAAAAGAUGUCAUUAUAAAUGUCAACAUGUUUACUCAAGUAGACUGUCAUAAAAAUUAUUAACCAUUUGAAAAAUACUUCUGCUACGAAAAUUCUUUGACAAAGGUACAAGAAGAGUGUAUAGAAAACUUAAGCCAAUUAUUUCACUAAUAAUAAAAUAGUUUAAUUGUAUAUUUAAUUAAAUUUUAUAUUUGAAUGUCAUUUUAGAAGAGUAAUAUGUUUAUUUAUAGAUUACAAUUGUAAUUAGUGUUGUGGAAUAGUUUGUCUUUAAAUGUGAUAAUGUUUUAUCUUCAAUGUUACUGUUUUUGUAUUUUUAUGAAAAUAAAGAUUAUGUUGAUAAUA